UGUGUGUGUGUUUGUGUGUGUGUUCUGUAGUAUGGCCGGUAUUCAGCAAUGUCUGAAUCAUCAGUGUUUGCUGGUCGAUUGGGCAUUUUUUAAAUUUUUACUGAAUUUUAAUUACUACAGAAAACUUUGAGGAUCUCCCCAGAGAUACACUAGAUUUACUCAGUUGUUUCGAUGGCUAACUGGCACCGUGUGUUGUGACCGUGGCACCGAGUCAUGGAUGGACGCACACCCAGAUUGUCGCUUAUCUUUGUUCUAUUGGCAGUAGUAGGAUUUAUACUGCUCAUUAGCAACAUCACAUCUCUGGAGGAUUUUAAUGAUCAACUAACAUCCACCUUCUACAAAAUACAGAGCAGUAUCCACUCAGCCUUUGAGCCUCCCGAUAAUGUGUUGCCGGCGGAGGUAAAUUACACGUACUGUGCACAAUUUGUCCAAAAGCCCACUGCAGAAGAGGCCAUAGAAGAGAGACAUUUGCUCGAUUCCACUGCAUGGCCAGAUCCACCAGUGAAAGACCUCCCUGCGGAGUUCAGCAGUAACCCUGCCAAGAGCUACUAUGUGAUUCAAGGUGAACCAGAGCAACACAUAGGUGGUCAGCUUGUGGUUAAUGUCCAUGUGCACAACUUCUUGGGCCUACCUAAGAGGCAUGGAGGAGAUUUCCUGACAGCCAGGCUGCAUUCACCCAAGCUAGGUGCUGGGGUUGUAGGGAAGGUGCAUGACCACAAUGAUGGGAACUAUACAGUGCUGUUCCCACUGCUGUGGGCUGGUGAAGUGCAAGUAGAAAUUACUAUGGUGCAUCCUAGUGAGGCAGUGGCAGUGCUUAAGAGAUUACAAAAGGAGCAAACUGACACAGUGAUUUUUAAAAGCCAGUUCCGCUCUGGUGACCUAUUAGAGACCACUGAGUGUGACAUGUGUCUUCCUCACAACCAGAAACCUCUCUGUAAUUACACUGAUCUUGAAACUGGAGAGCCCUGGUACUGCUACAAACCCAAAAAGCUAAGCUGUGACACACGAAUAAAUCAUUAUAAAGGGGGUUAUAGGAAGACCCUCUUUAACAAGUACGAAGCAGAGUUUUUCAAGAGGGGUAUAAACAUCAAAGUGCCUAUACCCACAGCAAAGAUGGACCAUGUGACUGUAUUACCUGCAGAAAAUGAUCAAACCAAAGUAGAAAGUACUAACAAUGCUGCUGGCUACUACUUUCAAGAUACCUGGAGGUCUCUGAGUGGUGCAGCCAUCCAGCAUUUUACUAGCUCAUCAGCCAUAACAAGUUGUCUUAAAGGGAAGAUUGUGUACAUGCAUGGAGAUUCAACAAUACGCCAGUGGUUUGAGUACCUUGCUGAUUUUGUUCCUAACCUGAAACCGUUUAAUCUUUACAGCCGUAGGAAGGUAGGACCAUUCAUGCUUGUGGAUGACACUAACAAUAUUCUAGUGAAGUUUCGCUGCCAUGGGACACCCAUCCGCUCCCCCCCAGCGUACACCUCUGAACUGCGCUAUGUAGCAAAUGAGAUAGACAGGAUACAGGGUGGGCCAAACACUGUGUACAUUAUAAGUGUGUGGGCUCACUUCGGCACUUACCCAAUUGAAGCAUAUAUACGGCGACUACGGCAAAUACGGAAGGCUGUGGUGCGGCUGCUAAACCGUGAGCCAGAUACGUUGGUGGUGAUCCGCACUCCCAACAUGCAGAAGUUUGAUCCAGCACAUAGCCUGUUCUAUAGCAACUGGUUCUGUCUGCAGAUUGAUACUGUGCUGCGUGGAAUGUUCAAAGGACUCAAUGUGAAGUUUCUGGAUGCCUGGGAAAUGGUGCUGGCCCAUUACCUACCACAUGACCUACACCCACCCCAACUCAUUAUUAAAAACAUGAUUGAUGUCAUCCUCUCCUAUAUCUGUCCAGCUGGGAAAACAUAAAAUGGUGUACAGAACCUUUGUAUUUGUUAUGUUAGUAAAAUAACUGAAUAAAAUGUGAAAUAAUGCUAAGAAUGGUUCUGCAAAUAACUUUCAAAAGUUAAAACAUGGUAAUGUAAUUUAAAGUCAGACAUUUGAAAGCUGAUCCUACAUUUAAUAUGAGCAUUCUGUAAGCAAAAUGAGAGAGGAGCAUAAUUAUGAAACUGUUUCAAACUGUUUAAUGUUUUGCAAUAAUGAGUUUACAAAAGACACUUUUGGUAUGAACAAUAUAUUUGAUAAGAAUGAUCAAAUAUAAGUAUUUAAAUAAAUGAUUUUUAAGAUCAUUUUCCUACAUUUUGUCCAGUCAGUUUGUGCUCACACAUACUCUUACAUUUUAUACAGGUUUUCUCCCAUGAUGGCCAAAUUUCUACCCUCUGCAAAUCUGUAAAAGUUACACACAGCACAAGUAAUAAAGCAAAUGGUAGCUGAGCAUAAUUUAAGUUUUACAGUUUAUUUUCAGCAUAAUGCAAUCAGGAUAUGAAUGUAAUUAGCUUUUUUAACAGUAGCUGCUUUGGUGUAGUAUUUCUGCUUAAUAUUAUUAUUAUGUUACACUAUUACUAUUCCAAUAGGAUCUUAUAGUAUUUUAAAAUGGCAAGAGGCAGAUGUUCAGGUUUUGUUUGUUUGUUUGUUUGUUUGUUUGAUUAAUUGCUUGCUUGCUUGCUUGAUUGAUUGAUUGAUUAUGUCAGAUUUACUUGGAUGAUUCACUUUUCCAGAACAAAGUAUGUAGACAGACUAAAUAAGUCUACUGCCUGAAGAAUGCAAAUAAAAUAGUGAUACUCCCUUGCACU